GCCUUCGUUCCGCACCUCGCUUAUCGACAGAUGUGCCGGAGCCUUCGAAACGACGGUGGCCCCGGUGGUCUUCUCUGGACGCGGAGAUCUUGGAGGUUUGGGCCCCUGCCGUCGCCAAUCUCAUCCUCCUGCCUUUGGUGGGAUCGAUCGACCUCUUUUGGAUCGGUCAAUCCCGAGACCCAUGGGCGAUUGCUGGGAUGGGUGCAGCCAACCAAGUUUACAGCACCAUCUAUUUCCUCAUCAGCUUCCUCCCUGCUGUGGUUACGCCUCGUAUAGCCGAGGAGAUUGCCCGGGGUCGUAAGUCGAUGGCGGCCAAGUGGGUAAGAGAAGCCCUGGGCUUUGCCUGUGUCAUGGGAGCCUGUGGCACUCUGGCGCUUGUGAGCUUUCCCCAUGUCGUGCUGAAGCUCAUUUCCGAUAGACCUCAAGUCCUAGCAGAAGCGAUACCCUACGCACGCAUCCGGGGCCUCUCCUUGAUAGCCACUCUGUGCAGCACGGUGAGCUUCGCGACCUUUCGAGGGCUUCUGGAUUUCCGCACCCCUUUGAGGGUGUCUUUGGCGGCGAACAUGUUGAAUGCCUGCCUUGAUCCACUGCUUAUGUUUGGCUUUGGCUUGGGAGUCUCGGGUGUGGCUGCUGCGACAUCCAUCGCAGAGCUCUUCUCCGCAUCCACUCUUGCUUCCAGAGCCAUGGCAGAGCCAGCGCAGAAGAAGGCGCGCACGUCUCGCACCUUCCUCUUCUCCUCGGAGUCUGUGAACGAGGGUCACCCAGACAAGAUCUGCGACCAGGUGUCGGAUGCUGUGCUUGACGCUUGCCUGAAGGCAGACCCCAAGAGCAAGGUGGCCUGCGAGACGGCGACCAAGGACAACAUGGUCAUGGUGGCGGGAGAGAUCACCACCGGCGCCAAGCUGGACUAUGACAAGGUGGUGCGUGGAGUCGUGGCACAGAUCGGCUUCGACAGCUUCGUGGAUGAUCUUUCCAGCGUGGACAGCAAGGGUUUGAGCCACAAGACCUGCGAGGUUCUGGUCCGCAUCAACAAGCAGAGCCCGGACAUUGCCGGCGGAGUGCAUGUCGGUAAGGACGAGAUGGAUGUGGGAGCUGGGGACCAGGGUAUCAUGUUCGGUUAUGCCAGCGACGAGACUUCCGACUGCAUGCCGCUGACCCACUCCAUGGCCACAAGGCUCGGCAAGACCCUGACGGAGGUGCGCAAGAGCGGUGAGUGCUGGUGGUUGCGCCCGGAUGGCAAGACGCAGGUGACGAUCGAGUAUAUGCAGCAUCCGGACGGCAGUGUGGAGCCCAAGAAGAUCCACACUGUGGUGAUCUCCACCCAGCACGCGGAGCCCUCCAAGGCCAAGCGCACCCAGGAAUGUGCUGGCUACACUGGUGCGGAGAUGGUGGCCCCCAGCAUGGAGCAGAUGAACAAAGAGAUUGAGGAGAAGGUGAUCAAGCGGACGCUUCAGUCGAUCAAGCUGAAGAGCGGCCAGCCGGCCAUCAGCUUGUACGGCAGCCACAC